GGGCACAUUUUCAGAUCGACUUCAACCCUGCGAUUUGUAUAGGUGCCUUUUACAUGGGACAGGAUGGGUAGUGUAAAAGGGGCUUGAUAUGAGGGCUCCAGUUUGGGCUGCCAAGAUUAUUCGACUAGUCAUGAUUACGGCAACGAUCCAGAUCGUCUUUUUUUUUUUUAAGCUUUGUUUUUUGUCACAAAAUUACAUCAGUCCUCCCGCGGUUUGGCUAUUCUCUGCCUUCUGACAGUGACGCUCAUGCGCAGUAGUGGUCAUCGGCAUGAGUACGUGACGUACCCGGAGGAACUGCAGCCAGCCGGCGAUUGAAACGGAGCCCGAAAGUUUGAGCAUUUCACCAAAAAAUACAAAGAGGAAUGCGAUGCAAAACCUGAGAGCGGCAGCUCAACAGUGAUUCACGAGCGUCUGAAAAGGAAGUAGGCAUGUUGCGGCUGAAAUUUUUCACUGAGGAAGAGUUAUCUCUCGUGCAGAAGUGGGCGAUGCUUAGGGCUUUCCUGAUGUUGCGGUCUUGGUGCGAUGGCCUGAGGGACUCUGCGCACUGAAACCAAGAGGCUGACUAUGCAUUGAGGAUGAGCGGUGUUGGGGAAAACUCGUCGGACCCUGCAAGGGCAGAGUCGCGGAAACGUAAAGAAUGUUCUGCUGAACUUCUUGGACCCAGUCCCAAGCGGAGCAACGAGAAACGCAACCGCGAGCACGAGAACAAGUACAUCGAGGAGCUCGCCGAGCUGAUCUUCGCCAACUUCAACGACAUCGACAACUUCAACGUCAAGCCCGACAAAUGUGCCAUCCUGAAGGAGACCGUGAAGCAGAUCAGGCAAAUAAAGGAGCAAGCAGAGAAACCGGCCGCCGCCAACGAGGAGGAGGUGCAGAAGGCCGACGUGUCGUCGACGGGCCAGAGUGUGAUUGACAAAGAUGCCUUGGGACCCAUGAUGUUGGAAGCCCUGGACGGCUUCUUUUUCGUGGUGAACAUGGAGGGCAACAUCGUGUUCGUGUCGGAGAACGUGACGCAGUACCUGCACUACAACCAGGAAGAGCUGAUGAACACCAGCGUCUACAGCGUGCUGCACGUCGGUGACCACGCCGAGUUCAUCAAGAACCUGCUGCCCAAAUCCCUCGUGAACGGCGUGCCGUGGUCCAGCGAGGGUCCGAGGCGCAACAGCCACACCUUCAACUGCCGAAUGCUGGUCAACCCGCACAGCGAGACCCUGGAGCAGGCGCACGAGCACGAGCCGCAGCAGCAGCAGAAAUACGAGACCAUGCAGUGCUUUGCCGUUUCGGAGCCCAAGUCCAUCAAGGAGGAAGGAGAUGACUUCCAGUCGUGCCUGAUCUGCGUGGCUCGCAGAGUCCCCAUGAAGGAGAGGCCAAUGAUGCCCACGCAUGAGAGCUUCACCACGCGGCAAGACCUCCAAGGUAAGAUAACCUCCCUGGAUACCAGCCUGCUGCGGGCCUCCAUGAAGCCGGGCUGGGAGGAUCUGGUGCGUCGCUGCAUCCAACGCUUUCACCUGCAGAACGACGGCGAGAUGUCUUUUGCCAAACGGCAUCAGCAAGAAGUGCUCCGCCACGGCCAGGCGUUCAGCCCCAUCUACCGCUUCUCCCUCUCGGACGGAACCAUUGUGUCGGCCCACACCAAGAGCAAACUAGUGCGCUCCCACGCCACCAACGAACCCCAACUUUACAUGUCCCUGCACGUUCUGCAGAGGGAGCAGACUGUAUGCGGCAUGGGCCAGGACAUGGGUCCUGGCGCCCAGGCCACGGGCAUGGCUCCCAAGCCCAUGAACUCCUCCACCCCCUCCAUGACUCCUCCAACCCCAGGCAGCUUGCCAGGCUCAGGACCUCAGGGCCAAGACAUCAGCAACAGCACGCCUUUCUCCCCUCCGGGCCCAGCUGGCCCCAGAGAGCCGGCAGCCAUGGGGGGACACAUGCAGGGCUACCGCUACGGCUGCCCCCCGCCGCACAGUCACGCGGGGGGAAUGCAGCCGCCGCAGCAGGGCCAGAACUGGAGAAUGAACAGUCCCUCCCGUGCCAGCCCCAGCCCGGUCGGCGGCCCCCAUCCGCCUCAGCAGAACUGCAUGCUCUCCCCCAGGCAUCGCGGCAGCCCAGGGGGUGCGGCCAGCCCACGUGUUGGCCUCCACUCUCCUUCCCCGGUAGGGAUGGGCGGCGGCGCAGCAAGCAGCCAUGGCAACAGCUACACGAGCAGUUCUCUGUCAGCCCUACAAGCCCUCAGCGAGUGUCACGGAGUCGGUCACGGACACACGCUGGGGUCUCCAGAUCGGAGGAUAGGUUCCCCGGCGAACGUCCCGCUGGGAUCGGGGGCUCACCUCAUGUCGAGACCGGGUGCCGCGGACUCUUUCGAAGCGGGCCAGGGCGGACACACGCCGGGUCCGUCGGAAAGCAAUCUGGCCGAGCCGAAAGACGAGCGCGAGGACGACGCGCACGCUCGUCUUCACGACAGCAAGGGCCACACCAAAUUGCUGCAACUCCUCACCACCAAACCGGAGCCUCUGGAGACGCCUCUGUCCCCCAACGCAGGGGCAGAGGGUAAAGACGGGACUGGGGUUCGCGGCAGCCUCUCCGGAGUGACUACACACGCCACAUCCCUCAAGGAGAAACACAAGAUCCUCCACCAGCUGCUCCAGAACAGCACAUCUCCCGGAGACCUGGCCAAGCUCACCGCAGAGGCCACCGGUAAGGAGCUGGGCCAGGAGCAAGGCCAGGGUGCUUCUGGCGCAGAUGGCACCCCCAAGCAGGAGCCCAUGAGCCCGAAGAAGAAGGACAACGCCCUGCUGCGCUACCUACUGGACAAAGACGAUGGUGGACUGAAGGACAAGGCACCCAAGCUCGAGCCCGGGGAGGUGAAGGUGGAAGGAGGAAAACACCCACUUGUCAAAACGGAGAAAACAGAUGUUGGGUACGAUCAAGCUGAACAGUCAUCAGAGCUGGACGACAUCUUGAACGACCUGCAGAAUGCCCAGCCGCAGCUGUUCUGCGAGCCGCGGCCCGUCUCGCUGCCCAGCUCUAUGGACAAGCAGAACAUCAUCAACGACAUCCUGCAGAUGUCCGAGAGCAGCCCGGCCGCGCUGGCGCAGAAUCCGCAGCACAAAAACGUCGCCGGGGGCAUGGGUCCGAACAAUUUCGGGGGGAUGCGGCUCGGACAGCUUGGCAGGGGCGGGCCGGCGAGGAGUGUGUCCCUGGAGAUGAGCGGGUCACCGCAGUACCCCAUGAGGACCACCAGCCCGUACACGCUAGUUCAACAGCAACAGCAGCAGCAGCAGCAGCAAGGCAUGGUGGGAGGGCACGGCAUGAUGGCGAACCAGGCCAACAUGGUCGUACCAGGACUCGUGGGUCCAGGCCCUCCUCGGCCAGGUAUCCAACAGCAGCAGGAAGGCUGGGCGGGCUCAACCUCGACUCCGCAGAUGGGCCAGGGUCGGAUGAGCCACAGCGGCGCUCCCAUGAGGCCCGGCGGGCAGCCAGGGCCUCGGCAGAUGCUCCAGACCUCCAUGAUGCCCAAUGCCCAACCCGACAUGGACAUCAGUAUGGUCGGUCACUUCUCACAGCAGCAACAGCAGCAGGCGCCGCCCAAUCAGACGGCGCCAUGGCCGGACAGCAUGAUGCCCAUCGAGCAGACUGCUUUUAUCAACCAGAACAGGUCACUGCACCCGACCCCUCAGGACGACUUGCUGUGUAGCAUGGGCCUCGGCGGAGGGGAAGCGGGGCCGGUGGACGAGGGGGCCCUCAUGUCUCAGCUCUACACGGCGCUGAAGGAUUUCGACGGCCUGGAGGAGCUGGACCGGGCGCUCGGUAUCCCCGCUUUGAUAGAACAGAACCAGACGCUAGACCAAGACCAGUUCCCGCAGGAUCCGUCCUCCAUGAUGCUGGAGCAGAAGCCCCCCAUGUACACCCAGCAGCAGUUUGGCCCACCCCCGUCCCACAUGGCCCAGAGGGGCUACCCCGGCGCGUCCAUGCAGGAGCCGGGCUUCCAUCCCAUGGCGGGCCAGAUGGCACCGCGUGCCGGUUACCCGAUGAUGAGGAUGCAGGCCCGGGCGGGACUGAGGCCCGGUGGAGUGGUCCCCAACCAGCCCAACACGCUGCGGCUACAGCUGCAGCACCGGCUACAGUCGCAGCAGAACCGACAGCCAAUGAUGACUCAGAUGAGUAGCGUGUCAAAUGUGAACCUACCUCUAAGAUCCAACGCUCCCAAUCAGGGGACCAUCAACGCCCAGAUGCUGGCCCAGCGUCAGCGCGAGCUGCUCAGCAACCACCUGCGACAACGGCAGCAGCAGGUCCAACAGCAGCAGCAGCAGAGGAGCAUGGCCAUGCGGGCGCAGGGCCUCAACCUGCCGCCCAACAUGAGUAACCCGCGGAUCCCCCAGGCUAACCCCCAGCAGUUCCCCUACCCGCCCAGCUACAGUACCGGUACAGGCCUGGCCUCGCCACCUCCCCCUAGCAGCCCCUUCUCCUCCUCCUCGCCUCUCUCCUCCCCCAGCCUGCCGUCUCUCCCCGCCAACCCACAGCUACACUUGCAUGGCACCUCCUCCUCUUCCUCCUCCACCUCCUCCUCCUCCCAGCAGAUGAUGAUGGGAAACACAAACAUGAUGGGCGGACAGUACGGGGCGGUACUCAGCCCCCAAAUGCAGCACAGUGCCUUUCAGUUUCCCAACUCAGCAGGUAUGGGCCAGCAAGCGGAGGGGGGUUUCGGGGGUCCGGGUGCGCCGCCCAGCCCCCUCCUGUCCCCGCGGGUGGCGCACGCCCAGCAAUCCCCGAUGAUGCAGCAGGGCCAGGGCAGCGCCCCUUUCCAGGGGUCGCCCGACAUAAACGGCUGGACGCAGGGCAACGUGGCAGGAAGCAGUAUGUUCUCACAGCCGCAAGCGUCGCCUCAGUUCACCCAGCAGCAGCAGCAGCAGAAUAACGGCAGCAUGUACAACGGCGUCCCCGGAAUGGCCCAGAUGGGCGUCACGUCCAUGUCCUCGCCCGGGUUACCCUCCAUGGGACAGGAGCAGAAAUACUGUUGACUCGCACUGAGUCGGACCUCAGCUGGAUCAAUUUAAGAAAAAAAAACAAGUGUACAAACAUGUAAGCCACCCAACAGCCCUCAAAGAUUAAAAAAAAUACAGCCAGGCUUCUGUCUGCAUUCACCGUCGUGUGACUUACUGUAGGCCCCGGGUACUAGGCGGGACCCCCCCCCAAUCCCCCUCUCCCCAAUCCCCUUUUUCGCCCUGAUGAAUGUAUUCCUCUCAGCGGACUGCGGCUAUUUACAAUCUCAUCUCAAAUAUUUAAGAAGAAGAAGAAGAAAAACGGACUGUCUCGGCGGUUUCUCCCAGAAAAACUUUAGCCCGGGUUUGCCUUUUUUUUUUUUUAAGCUGUUCCUUAUUGUAUGGUUAUGAUUAUUAUACCCAGGAGGGCGCGGGCAAGGACACGACGUAGUGGGGAAACGCUGCAAAAGAAGAAUGAUUUUUGAGGUUUAUAUAGUGUAUUAAAUUAAGUUUUAUUUUUCUGUAUAGAUUCUUUUAAUAAGAAUAAUUCCUGUAGAUGGCUUUAUCCUCAUAGCAUCCGAGACUUAAAAGACUAUUCUUUGAAAAGAAAAAAAAAAGUCCAAAUUGAAUGAAUUGUACAUACCGAUGAGUAAUACCGUGUUAAUUUUCUAUUUAUUUUAUGUUUUGGUUUUUCGGGGCCACCCCCGUCUGCUCGCCGUUUUUUUUUUUUUUUCCCCCCCCUCCCGUUUUCACCGCAUCCGGUACGGAGCAGAGCAGAGCAGGGGAGGGCGCGGUCCGCGGUCUUGUAUACAGUGUACAUACGGUAUCGCUUAUCGCUUCUCUUUGCCUUUAGCGUUAGAACCACCACCAAACGAGUCGACACAGCCAUACGAUAACUUUUGAAUUUGAAGAUUGAAAUGUGCUUUCUAUGUCGUCUGGAGUUUCAAACAAAAAAAAAACAAGGAAAAAAAACGCUUGAUGCGAGCUGCUAGGUGCAUUUUGGUGUCAUGUAACUUGAGCAAUAACUUUUUUUUUUUUUUUUUUUUGGGUGUGGGGGGAUUUUUUUUGUACAUUUUCCUAAUUGAAAGAAAAUAAGGAACACCCGUUUUGUGGGCUGCACGUUUGGAUGCAGUAUUAAAACCGGUUUUUGACAGACAAGACAGACAGCCAUAUUGAAACGUCCUCAGGCAGGGAUUGUCAUAAAAUGGCGCGCGACUCUUUUUUGCGCCUCACUUUUUUUUUUUUUUUUAUACAUCCGUUGCAUGUACGGGUGGGGAACCUGCAAUUCUUCAAACCCUUUUCAACAUUAUUGUAUAAUAACAUUUCAACCACCCCAAAAUGCUCACAGUGCAUAAUUCACAUUUGGUCCGUUAUCUAUUUUUUUUUUUUUUUUUUUUUGGCUCGUAUAAUUUGCCCCCUUCAAGGGAACUGUAUUCGCCUGUGCCUUUCACACGGAACCCUGCCACGUCCCGCCAUGAGAAAUGAAGUGGGCGUGUGACAACUGCUUUCAACGCGACAGACCGGGAAAAGUUGAGUGUCAGGUGUUAAAUGCAGGUCUGUUUUUGCUUUUUGUUUUUUCCCCUCCACUUUUCCUCCUCACACAGCCGUUAUCCCAAUUUCCGGUUAUUUCUCUACCUUUUUCACAGAUAACAAAUCACAGCGAAAAAGGGAAGUGUGAAAAGGGGCUUAUUAUGCUACUUGAUACUACCUCCAAGCCGGGAAAUUCACAAGUCGACUUUUGACUGGCUGCCGCUCCAUGUUGGUACCUUUCUCACACACGUCGGCUUUGGUGGACGUUUGAAAUGAAUAUACAGUCAUCCCUUGUUCGUCACGGGGGUUAUUUGUCAGAUGAGUGAAAAUUUGCAGACGUAUAAGCGGUGAAACAUCCACUAAAAGCCUUAACCGUCCUAAAAAGUCUACACACCCUUGUUCAAAUGCCGGGUAUUUGGGAUGUCGAAGAUUACCGUAAUUCCCGGCCUACAGAACGCACCUGUUUAUAAGCCUCGGGAUGUAGAAAGAGUUGCUAGCGUACCCGGUUAUAUGCCUAGGUACACAGAAAGGGUUUAACGCUAGUGCCGUGCUAACGCUAACAACUCUUUCUGCGUUAGCGCGGCGCUAGCGUUAAACCCUUUCUGUGUACUGAGGCUCAAACAGGUACGCUAACGCUAGCGUUGCAUCAGCGCAUAAACCGCAGGGUUGAAAGCGUGUAGGCCGGAAAUUAUGGUAGUCACAUUUAGCUUGUUCUACCAUCUUUUGCAGAGGGGAAAUAAAAAUAACGUGGGGCGAAUGUGUUUUCACAAGUGUACACACCCUUUAAAACUGGGGGAAAAUCGGUGUUUAUUCGUCAAAUCACAUUCAAAGACGUGUUAAGCGGGAGUCAGUACACGUUUUCCAGGAUUUAACGUGCCUCAAAUAAAGAUUAGGUGUCUUCUAGUGGGGUUUUUGUGAAAUUUCUAAAGGAUUUCAUUGUUAUAAGGUUUCAGACAACCGGAGGAUAUUAAAAAACAAAUAAUAAUCCAAGGUAUGAGUCAGUCAUCCAGGUUACAAAAUAUAUUCUCAGAUUGGCAAGUACUGGCUAUUUAGGACAUGUGACCAUGGAUGCCUAGGAAAGAUUUAAGUUUGGUUUAGAAUUGAGUUGGACGGGUUGUGAACAGCAGUAAAGGUGGAUAAAGUUUUUGAAAUGCUACAAACUGGACUCUGGCAUUUGAACAGGGGUGUGUACACUUUUAUCCACUGUCACAAUAAAACACGUUUGUUCAUAUUUAAGCCUUAAUAUACCCCACCAAACAUAUUUCACAGAUUCAUUUCAUUUCAACGGGGGAGGGAUGGUUUGAGUUUCAAAUGCUUUGAGGGAAUUAAUGAAACUUUGUAAAUGAAAGCAUUUCGCACAAAACAAAAUUAUCUUUUUUUUUUUUUAAAUAUCUCUUGGAUAACCGUUUACAAUCUGGUUCCCCACCCUUUUAUCGAUUGCGACGCUGCAUGGAGAAAAUCCAAACUAAGAAGAAGAAAAAAAAAAAAAACAAUCCUCACACACCUCAAUUGGAUUUCCCAAUUCAGCUUUUUUUUUUUUAAUUUUGAUUUGGAUUUUUACACGCUUCUAACAAUAACGAUGUCAGGUCAACAGGGUCCAAUCAGAGACGGUGUUUGUUGAAUGUAUCUUGUGGGGUUUUUUUUUUUUUCCACGCGCUUUGAAGGGCCUACGACUUAAUUACUAAGUAAUUACCAUCCGACUUUUAUCGACAAACGCUGUUUUUGAUUGAAUCAGAUGAGCCUUCUUGAGACGUUUUUAAGCGUUUUUAACCCCAGCCCGUUGCAAAAUUGUUUUCCAAAGAACGUUUGGAGAAGCCAUGUGCACGUGCUACUAUCACUUUCGUACCCCCGACCCACCCCCCCCUCCCCCAAAAAAAACAA